AUGCCGAAACUACGUUUACCGCAAAAUAAUCAUUAUCAUCCGAUAUAUGAUGAGUUACUUGAUAUAAUUAAGUGUCUACAAGCUGUCUUUGCCUCUAUAUUCAAAUACCAGGACCUUAUUUUAUUUGGUAUUAAACAAGCUAUGAUACCCAGAAUAUAUGAUCUAAAUACAGAAACUUUGGAAAUAGCGGGUAAGCCUAGUAAUUAUCCCUGUUACAGCCUCAUCUUUGCAAAAGCCAAUUUCUCUGCACAACUUGUCAGUUUUAUUAAGUCUGAGUACUCCAAUAAUAUUUUUGGGGCUGGCAAGAUAUUUGCUUCUAUUCGUAUGAGGAUGGGCACUAUUUAA